AAAUUAGAAUCACUUUCCAUAUGGAACCCAUUUUUAAACCGAUAUACUGAAGAUGAUUAUCGUAUGUUGGUUAGCUACUUUCCAAAAACGUUGAAGAAGUUUGUUAUUUCGAUGUAUAAAGAUAUUUCUUAUGGGAGCUUAAAAAUUUUGUUAAAGGAAAUGUCGGUAAAACUUGAUGUAUUGGAUUUAGGAAGUUGUAAGAAACUUGAUCACAGAAGCGUUGAAAUUAUUGGCGAAUGUGCAAAAGAGAAUUUAAGAAACAUGCCAAAAAAGAUAAUAUUUAAUCAGAAUAAUUUUGAAUUUUGGUGUCACGAAUUGGAAGAGAAAUUUUUUGAAUUACAAACUAUGGGUGUUAGGUUAUGCGAUCGUUAUGAUGAAGGAAGAAGUGAAAAUGAACUUUAUUUUACUUGUGACUAA